AUGCUUUUUUUCUUACUCUUAGCCCCCCUUCUUGUUGAAGCUCAGGCCAGCGAGAGCGUGCGGCGUGUCAGCCUUAACGAAGGCUGGAAAUUCUCGCGCUUUACCUCAAACCCCGACUCGCUUUCGUACAAAUCAUUGAAGCCAUGGGUACUCACUUCCGGCAACGAUUUCAUCAAGGGCUCCAAGCACCAACCGCCCUCUGGCAACCCCCCGGGUAGCAACGUCGACUACGUAAAGACCUCCUUUGACGACAGCAAGUGGGAGGCCGUGGAUCUGCCCCAUGACUGGGCCAUCAAGGGGCCCUUCAACGCCCCCGGCGUCAGCGGCGGUAUGGGCCGCCUGCCUUCGAACGGCGUGGGAUGGUACCGUCGGGAACUGACCGUGUCCCCGGACGACAAGGGCAAGUCCAUCUUUCUGGAUAUUGACGGCGCCAUGUCGUACGCCGCUGUCUGGCUCAACGGCCGCCUGGUCGGUGGGUGGCCGUACGGGUACGCUUCGUUCCGUGUGGAUCUCACCCCUUACCUGAAGUUUGAUGACCGCAACCUGCUGGCUAUUCGCGUCGACAACCCGCUCGACAACUCCCGCUGGUACCCAGGCGCGGGGAUCUACCGUAAUGUCUGGCUCGUCAAGACCAACCCGACACAUGUGGGUCAGUUCGGGACCUAUAUCACCACGUCAGACGUCUCGGAGGGGUCAGCCAAGGUCAAUCUUGUGGUGGAUGUGGAGAACGGAGCUGCUUCCAGCCAGGAGGUGGAUGUGAUGACAGAAAUCCACGAGCUUGACGCCGACACUGGAAAGCCCGGUGCAGCGGUGGCCAAGUUCGAGGAGGCGACGGUCACGGUGCCGGCUGGAGAAAAGAAAUCGGUCAACAGCACGGCCACGGUGACAAAACCACUCCUCUGGGGUCCGCCACCGGCCCAGAAGCCGAACAUGUAUGUCGCCAUCACGACUCUAUCCGUGGACGGGAAGGUCAUCGAUACCUACGAGACCCCCUUUGGCAUCCGCUCUGUGUCAUAUGAUGCCAAUAAGGGUAUCAUCAUCAACGGGAAACCCGUCCGCGUCUUCGGUACUUGCAACCACGGCGACCACGGCUCUCUCGGUACCGCCUACAACCACCGCGCUAUGGAGCGGCAGUUAUCAAUGCUCCAGGAACUGGGCAGCAACAGCCUGCGCACCUCCCACAACCCGCCCGCCCCGGAGUUCCUCGACCUGGCCGACCGGAUGGGCUUCAUGGUAGUCGACGAGAUCUUCGACUGCUGGAACCACCAAAAGACGACCAACGACUUCCACGCCAUCUUCCCCGACUGGCACGAGCCUGACCUGCGUUCCUUCAUCCGCCGGGACCGCAACCACCCGUCCAUCAUUGUGUGGAGCUUCGGCAACGAGCUCGGCGAGCAAUCCAGCGCUGAGGGAGGCAGGACCGCCAAGAUGCUCCGCGAUAUCCUCCUAUCCGAGGACCCGACCCGCCCCACGACCGCCGCCAUGAACGCGGCCGGCCCGACCUCGGACCUUGCCAAGGUCGUCGACAUCAUCAGCCUCAACUACCAAGGCGAAGGCCACGGCACCUCCACGCAAGGCUCUUUCGACGCCUUCCACAAGGCCUUCCCCAACAAGCUCAUCUGGAGCAGCGAGAGCGCCUCGACCCUCUCCACGCGCGGCACCUACAUCUUCCCGGUCACCUCCAGCAACAGCGCGACGGUCGGCCCGGGGUCCGGGGGCGACCCCACGGCGCUGCAGGUGAGCGCGUACGAGCUGUACGCGCCGUCGUGGGGCUCGUCGCCAGACAAGGUGUUUGAGGCGCAGGACCGGCAUGCCUUCGUGGCGGGCGAAUUCGUGUGGACCGGCUGGGACUACAUCGGCGAGCCGACGCCGUACGACAGCGCGCGCAGCUCGUAUUUUGGCAUUAUUGACUUGGCUGGGUUCAAGAAGGAUCGGUUCUUCCAGUACCAGGCCCGCUGGCGGCCCGAUUUCCCCAUGGCGCGCCUGCUGCCGCACUGGUCGUGGCCGGCGGAUCGCGUGGGCAAGGUCACGCCGGUGCAUGUGUUUUCGUCGGGGGAUGAGGCUGAGUUGUUUGUGAAUGGGAAGUCGGCGGGGAGGCAGAAGAGGGGGCAGUAUGCGGCGAGGUUUCGGUGGGAUAAGGUGGAGUAUCAGCCAGGGAAUGUGACGGUGGUGGCGUAUAAGAAUGGGGAGCCGUGGGCGACGGAUACCAGGAAGACGGUGGGCGAGGCGCAGAAGCUGACUGCGGCGGCGGACAGGGAGGUUAUUCGUGGUGAUGGCUAUGACUUAUCGUUUGUGAGUGUUGAGGUUGUGGAUGGGAACGGUGAUACGGUGCCGCACGCGAGCAACGCUAUCACCUUCUCGGUUGAGGGGCCGGGCCGGAUCGUGUCGACGGAUAACGGAGAUCCGGCCGACAUGACGGCGUUUCCGUCUCUGACGCGGAAGGCAUUCAGCGGGUUGGCGCUAGCCGUUGUGCGGGCGGAUAAGGGGGCCACGGGAGAUAUCAAGGUCACCGCUUCCGCGAAUGGCCUGAAGGCGGCCGAGGUGACAGUACGAGCCAGUUAG